AAACUGAAAUUUGACCAAAAGUCAAAUUUUUCCAUGCAACUCUAUGCACAUACUAUGAAAAGAUGUUAUGAAGAUAAGCCAGUGUGAAAUUAAAACACAUAAAUAUGUAAGUAGGCUAUCCUCAUUUUCAUUUUUUUUUUACAAAAUGAUACUGAUCAAAAUAAGGCCAUGAUUUUAGUUGUAUAAUCAGAUGUUCUUUUUAACUAGUCAAAAGUUUGCAUUGAAUAAAUGAUUCAAAUCUAUUUCAACUUUUGGCUAAUGUUUACAUUUCAGUAACUUCAGUAAUCAGAUUUCCAUGGGUUAGGAAUGUAUUAUAUUUAAAUACAAAUCCAUGUUGUUUUGAAGAUUUAACCAAUAUCUAUUAAUUGAAGUGCAUUUCUAAAUGUUAUUUGAAAAAUGCCCAAAGCUGCUUAAAUAUCUCAAAAGAUAAAUAACACACAAUGAAAUACAUUUCACCAAAGAAAAACUAAUAUUAUAAUGAAUUUUCCAAAUAUCAAAACUCAUUCGCACCACUUUGUUGAUUCUGUAGUUGCUUCCAGCCUAUUAUUCUUUCUCUUUGUAAACUUGGGGCUUUUCAGAAUUACGUGUUAAUUUUCAGUUCUCACUACUUUAUCUUUUCGGUUUAAAAUGUUUGUGGAUGGAGUGCAUCUUUACAAAGCAAAGAUCACUAAAGACAAAAAGAUUUUCUAAUUUAUAGGAUUACAUUUACAUUUUUAACUGUUCAAUAGUUACCUUUCCCAUCACCAACAGAAAGCCUCACCAUAAAAAGGAAGACCACUAUAAGAUAACAGAUUACAGUUUUACUAUAAAGCAGAGGUCUUAAUACAAUUAUAUGUGUUCUUUUAUUUUUAAAUGGCAGUCUUUGAGCAAGUACACAAAAAUUGCCAUAAAAUGGUCAAAAUAUAUAAAUCUAUGAGUCAUCCAGUUUUUCCUGAUCAGAUUUAUCUUCAUGAUUUGUACAAAACUCAGUAAGUAUACUUUCAACAAUUACACUUGAUUUUCAAAGACUAAUUAAACAAUACCUACAUAUUCCUAGUAUUUUGAAAUGUAUCAAAGGCAAAAUUACAUUAAAUAAUUCUGUAGAGAUCUGUCUCAUAAAAAUAAAAAAAAAUAUUGAUGUUUUAUCUUGGCAUAAAUCCAAAGGAAUACAACCGGUCAAACAAGUGAAGAAAAGCUUUUGAAUAUUCUUUUUAACGGAUCAUAAUGGUUAUAUUCGGCAUACUCUUAAUACGGAAUCCUUCAAAUGCUGAAGAGACAAAUGUCUGGGAGUCAACGAAGCAGUAAUCUGAUAAUUGCAUGGUUCAAUCUAAUGUGAUGGAAUUCUGUAUAUUUAGUCAACAUACAUGUCUCUUCAUGAAAAAUACAUAGCUGUGGAAUUAAAAAAAAACACCUAACAAUAAAAUAUAUAAAUAUUACAUCUCUGUACCCAAGGUAAUGGUCAUAAGGUAAAAACUAAAUAUAUUCCGAGAUCUUAAUUAUGUAUAGAAAUAUACAUUUAAUAAAUAUUAAUUUAAUGGUAUUUUCUCAGUUACAGGUACAUAAGACUGGUUUAAACACAUGCAUUUUAUAAAUGAAUUAUUUCUUUAUAUAAAUACUAUAACUAUAAGCUACUCAAUAUCUCUGGAAACCAAAAAGUUUAAGGAUAAAAUAUAUAUCCCUACUUCAUGCUACAAAAUGAAAGCUAGUAAAAAGAAAUCUGUGUUAAAUAUUUGAGGGGCUCAGAAGACAUUUAAUAGUAGACAGAAUUAGGAUGAAGCUUUUGUUUGCAUUUGCAAUCCCCCCCCCCAUUUCGCUCUAUCCAUACUCUUCCACAUCCAGUUUACAUUACUAAUGUUAGGGCAGUAUCCUUAUAUAAUUUAUGAAUUUGAUUUAUAUGCAAAUAAAAUGACUGGAAAGGAAAUUAAAGCUUUUUGGUCCCACAGAAUUGACAUUUGCAUAAAUAAGUAGCUUUUGAAACUUUGUGAACGAUUGUGCUUUAAAUACAAACAUCAUUUAGAAGUAUUUACAAAUACACUGGCCAUGCUGAAACUCCCGAUUUUUCUAAAAUUAAAAGGUAGACCUGGACAGUUUGGAAGCAAAUUCCGAUAUACCAGUGUUAUUUACUAACCUUACUAAGUACUUAGUCUUUUAAACACUCUUGUGUAUUAAAGAUCAGCUUGAUGUCAAGCAUGGAAUGAAUUUUAUCAAUUACUAAGUACAAAACACGACACAAUCCUUGCAUUAAUUCCAGUUAUGCUAUUUUUUCUCUCCUUUUUUGCAUCGACAGCCUGGUGAUACAAAGGGGCAAAAUAGGUAUUUUCAGUGGUUAUUAAAACCUCAUCUCUCUCCCUCUAAAGCAGGAUAAAAUGUGAAUUAAAAUAUAAAAAUGAGACGUGGCAGAAGGAAGAGAAAAAGCCUGCUUGUGAAACAUACAAAAACAGGAAAUGUCAAAAGCCCAAAACUACAGAGUCCAGUAAAAGUUCUUACAGAGCCACGUAGUCAGUACCUGUGGCCCAAGACAAAAGGAGAAGUAAGACAAUAACUACUUAUAAGGCUUUUUUCUCAAGAUAACCAAUAAGAAAUGGGUUAAGUGUUUCCCUGUUAAGCUGCUUUUGAGAAGAAUGCGUGCUUUGAUGAUAAGGGUUGUUCAGAAGUUGCAUGCAAGCCUUUGACUACUUUUCUGAACCUGGCUGCCAAUAAACAACUUGAUCCCGAGACGUCCAAGUCCUGUCAUUUUCUGCAACACCCCCACCUUAAAGAAAGCAGAAUAUGACAUCUGGCCCAUGAAAACAAUAUGCCCAGGCGCCGAAAUCUAAGGUAUUAAAAAGAGAGAGCAGUUGUUGAGACGCGCCUACGAAGUAAGGUUUUCCACCAGUUUUAGAAACAAACGUCUGCUCCCUAUCGGAGAUGAUUUUGUGCAUCCUUUUUUUUUCUGAAGAGGAAACAGCAGCGGUCCAUUCAGCUUCCAUAUCUGAAUAAGGGAUCCAUCGCUCGCAACUUCGGUUGACACACUCAGGUCUCCGAAUCACCAACUCGUGUUCUCACCCAUUCGCUCCUGCUUCCCCAACGGCAACCAUUUUGUCGCCCCGCUCUUCUCUUUUGGCUGCCCCUCCCCCCUCCCCACCAACCCAUGACGACAGCACGCGACGGUCCCGUGACGCGCACCGCUGCGCCGAUGGAAGAUCGCGUGCGCGUCACGCCUUUCACCCCGGCCAACGGAGGUCGCGACGCCUCUCUCGCCGUCUGGGCUUGCCGCUCGGAUUUGCGUGCCAUGUCCUUGGCUCCGCCUUCCCUUGCCGCUAUCGCUGCCGCUCUACUGCCCCGAGCCCUGCACAUGCGUAGUACGAGCCGGGGCGUCCAAGCCGGGGGAGUCGGAGUUCAGUGUCGCGGUAGCGGGAGACAAAGCAAGUGAGGAAAUGAAUGAGACGGAGAUCCUCGAACCUUCCUGUUAACCUCUUCGGCGCCGGCAGGUAGAGCGGGAGGCGCUGCGAAAAAUAAGGAUUGAAGAAAAUGCUGAUCUCUUUUUUCAGUAAAGUGUGAAAAUUACUUUGUCUUCUAGUUCAUAUGAGGUCUAAUUAGAUGGAUGAAAUCUACGAGAUGAUAGGAGCAGAUGGUAGAACUGAAUGUAUACUCAACUACUUCUUGACUUCCCACCCUGCAACACAAUGGAUAUAGUUCCAGCACUAUAAAGAAUGAUAUAUAAUCUGGAAAUCUAAAUAUCCUGGGAGUCAGACAACAGGGCCUAAAACACAACCUUUUGUUUUACCUUUAUCUUUUUACAUGAUUUAAAAUGAAUUUAAUUUGAAUUCCAAAUCUUCAUUAAGAUAUGAAUACACAGCAGAAAUAACUGAGCUCAUGGAUACAAAUAUAGCAGAGUCUCCACAAAUCAGCGAUAAUUUGAUGAUGGAUAAAAUCAACAAUUUAAAAGUGGAACCAGAAGAUGAUAGUAAUUGUAUUUUAGAAACGAUAGAUAUAAAAACUGAAAAGAUUGAUAGCAGUGAUGAACAGGAUGACAGAGAAAAAAUUUUUGUCCGUAACAACUCAGACAAAUUCAUUUCUGCUGAGAAUGAGGAUGAUUAUGGUUCUCUUUUUUCCCAAUAUAGCAGUACUCUCUAUGAUGUAGCAAUGGAAGCUGUAACACAGAGUCUUCUUUCAAAUAGAAACAUAAGCUCCCGAAAAAAGUCCCCUGCUUGGAACCACUUCUUUAUAUCUCCUAGAGACAGUACCAAAGCAAUAUGUAUGUACUGUAUGAAAGAAUUUAGCAGAGGUAAAAAUGAGAAAGACUUAAGCACAAGUUGUCUAAUGAGGCAUGUGAGGAGAGCUCAUCCAACUGUACUCAUUCAGGAAAAUGGAAAUAUACCAGCUAUAUCUUCCUUUUCUUCAUCUCCUACAUUACUAUUGCCACCUCAGCCUGCAGAUACUGGAGAUUUAACUCACGUGCUAACUCCUAUAAAAUUGAUUAAGAAAACUUGUUCUAAGAUUCCAUCCCCAGAUCAAAUUAUUGAGGAAUCUGUUCCUAUAGUUUCUAUUGAAGAAAUACCUUCAGAUUUGUCACAUACUGAAAAGAACAUUAAAGAAGAAGCUGGUGUUGGGUUGUCACUACAUGUGCCCAACAGUCAAUAUGAAGAAAUGGACAAUAUAGCAGAGAAAACUGUUCAAAUUCCUAAGACUACAUCUGGCUCAAGGAGACGAUCUGCUGUAUGGAAACAUUUUUAUUUAUCUCCUCUGGAUAACUCAAAAGCUGUCUGCAUUCACUGUAUGAAUGAAUUCAGCAGAGGAAAGAAUGGAAAAGAUCUUGGAACGAGCUGCUUAAUACGCCACAUGUGGAGAGCUCAUCGUUCUAUUGUUCUACAGGAGAACGGAGGAGGUUCGACCAUACCCCCUCUGUACUCUGCUCCUCCAACUUUAUUACCACCUUUAUUAGCUUCAGAUGGAGACCCAAGUUCUGUAUCAUCUGGAAAAUUAGCCAAAGAACCAACAUCUGUUUGCUCUUCUCCAGACAGAAUAGCUGAAGAAAAUAAUUCCAAUCUUCCUUUGGGAGAUACUCUGAUGGAGGAUUCCUCAUUGUUUUCAUCAUCUGAAGAUAUAGGGGAAGCGUCUUUAGUUUCUUCUCCUGAAAAAAGCCAAUUGUUAUUGGAGCAUGGCUCUGUUUUUCAUCAGAAUAAACGCAUAAUGCGAAAGCUGAAAGCUGAAGUAUGGAAUCAUUUUUCUUUGUCUCCAGGGGAUAAACUAAAAGUUAUAUGUAGACACUGCAGCUGUAUAUUAAACCAUGGGAAAAAAGGUGAUUUAGGCACAAGUUAUUUGACAAAACACUUAUACAGGCGGCAUCCUGAAGUUAUAGGAAUCCAAAAGAACUUUAUAGAUGUCAGUUUAGCAAAUUCUCCUUAUGCUACCUUGGCUUCUGCAGAACGUUCAGCUUCAAAACUGACUGACUUGCCCACAAUGGUUACUAAUGAAACUCAAGUCAUAUUUCCUGUUAGUAGCAAAAAGACCUCAAAACUGUGGAACCAUUUUUCAAUUUGUUCUGCAGAUUCAACUAAAGUAAUAUGUAUGCACUGUGGACGUACAAUAAGUCGAGGGAAAAAGCCAACCAAUUUGGGUACCAGUUGCCUUUUAAGACAUUUACAACGGUUUCAUAAUCAUGUCCUAAAACCAGAUGCCUCAGAGCCAGUAUUGUCCUCUUCUACAAAUAAUCAUGUACCUCUGAGUACAGAUCUUUUGGGAUCUUCAUCUUUUGAUGAAACCACUGACAAGUUUUCUGACACGCAUCCUGUUGCCAAAAAAAUUACAAGUCUUGUCGCUGAAAUGAUUGCACUUGAUCUUCAGCCAUAUUCUUUUGUAGAUAAUAUUGGUUUUAAUAGAUUGCUUGAAUACUUGCAACCUCAGUAUUCAUUGCCUUCACCAUCUUAUUUUUCUCAUACUGCGAUCCCUGAUAUGUAUGAUAGUGUGAAAGAAAUAAUUGUUUCACAUCUUAAAGAAGUUGAAAGUGGUGUAGUCCACUUUACCUCUGGAAUAUGGAUGAGCAAUCAAACUCGGGAAUAUCUAACCCUCACAGCUCACUGGGUAACAUUUGGGUCACGAGUUCGGCCUCAGUGUGAAGAUUACCAUUGUUCAGCUUUAUUAAAUGUUUCACAGAUUGAUUGUGACUAUAAUGGUAUCAGCAUUCAGAAGCAACUAGAAUAUUGGUGGGAAACCUGGAUAACCUCAAUUGGACUACAGAUUGGGAUUACUGUUACAGAUAAUCAGACAAUAGGAAAAACUUUAAAUGAAGGGGAACAUUCAAGUGUGCAAUGCUUCUGUCACACACUGAAUCUCAUAGUGAAUGAAGCUAUUAAAAGCCAGAGGAUGGUUCAGAACCUACUUAGCAUUGCCAGAAAGAUAUGUGAACGUGUCCAUCGCUCAUCAAAAGCAAAAGAGAAAUUGGCAGAGUUGCAGAAAGAAUAUCAUUUGCCACAGCAUCAGCUAAUCCAAGAUGUCCCAUCAAAAUGGAAUACAUCAUUUCAUAUGCUUGAAAGGCUAAUUGAACAGAAAAGAGCUAUUGAUGAAAUGUCUAUAGAGUGUAGUUUCAGGGAAUUAAUAAGCUGUGAUCAGUGGGAAGUGAUGCAGUCUGUCUGUCAUGCACUCAAACCGUUUGAAGUUGCAAGUAGAGAGAUGAGUACACAUAUGUCCACUUUAAGCCAAGUAAUUCCAAUGAUUCAUAUUCUAAACCGGAAAAUAGAACUACUGUUUGAGGAAACAAUGGGCAUAGAUACUAUGCUAAAGUCCUUAAAAGAAGCUAUGGUGAGUAGAUUAUCCUCCAUACUCCAUGAUCCAAGAUACAUUUUUGCUACACUUUUAGACCCUCGUUAUAAGACCUCCUUAUUCACAGAAGAAGAAGCAGAACAGUAUAAACAGGACUUAAUCAGGGAGCUAGAAAUACUAAAUGCUACCUCAGAUGAUGAUAAACCAGUUUCCAAUGGUUGUGGUAAAGGUUCAUCAUCUAAAAUCUCUUACGGGAACAAUAGUCUUUGGUCACUAAUGGAAGAUAUGACAAAAGCAAAACCUCCAAAAGAAAAGACUAAGUUGCCACAGGAAAUGGUGCUUUUAUAUCUGGAAGAAGAAGUGCUUGAGCAUAACUAUGAUCCCCUCACUUACUGGAAUUUUAAGAAAUCCUCUUGGCCAGUAUUGUCAAAAUUGGCUGUUCGUUUCCUAGGUUGUCCUCCAAGCAUCGUUCCAUCAGAGAGAUUAUUCAGUACAUCCAAUGAAAGCAUCAGCUUUAGUCAAUCAAGACUAACAAUGGAACACUUUGAAAAACUUAUAUUUUUGAAAGUAAAUCUUCCUUUGAUAUACUUCCAGUAUUGAAAUUAAUGAACAGGCUGCCAGUCUAAACUUGUUGUUCACUGGAUAAUUACUAUAUAUGUAACUUAAUUGCUCCAUUUAGGGGUCAUGUAUGACAGCUAAUCAAUGCCUCUUGUUUGAAACUUAUAUUUUUCAGUUCUAUGUCUACAUGUGCCUUAUCAGUAGUCCUUCAGGCCAGAUAUAGUGUAUAUACAUUUUCUUUUUUAAAAAAAAAUCCUAUUAGAUUUAGCCUUGUCUUCGUCCCAACUAUUACAAAAAUGUAGCUUUUGAUUGAAUAUUGUAAAUGAAAUUUUAAAACAUUUUGAAUAGAAUGGCAAAACGGAUGUAAAAACUUCUAUUAUGUAGCUUUUUAUUGAAUUAUGUAAAACAGAAACCAGGUACUGUAUAUUAGCUGAACAUUGCUUUAAUUGCAGAAAAAAAACUGUAUAUAAAGGUGGAAAUGAAGCCAUCUUCUUAUUUAGCAGGUUUUAACUGCAGGCUUAAUGUGCUUAUGUUCAACUAUGUAUGUACUAAAGAUGGCGGUUGAAUUAGUAUUUGACUAAACUUAGAAUUAUUAAGAAACACCAGUUAUACAGUAAUCUAUAAAUUUGCCAUUCAUGGUCUUUAUUCAGGUUUUUUUUACACUGUAACUGAAUUAGAGCUUGAGUAUUUAUAAGGU